AAAAUGGCGGCGGCCGCGCUGCCUCUCGGCAAGCGCCACCCCGCCUCCCAGUAGGCUGUUGCGGUGCCGUACGGCAGCAUGGCGGCGUCCGGAGCGGCAGCGGCGCUGGUGCAGUAUGUGGUGCUGCGGGGGGACCUGGCCCGGCCGCCGCGGUCGUGGCCGCUGGGCGCGGUGGUGGCGCAGGGCUGUCACGCCGCGCUGGCCGCCUCGCAUACGCACCGCGAGCACCCCGACACCCGCGCCUACCUGGAGCUGGGCGGUGCUAUGCGUACCGUCGUGCUGGAGGUGCGCGGGGCAUGCUGGGAGCGCCGCCGCAGCGUGGCGGCCUCCGUGGGGCGGGCUCGGCGGAGCCGUGAGUGGCUGGCUCCAGAUGAGGCUGCCCUGACGGCACUAGCAGAGACCCUGAAGCACCACAGCAUUGACCACGAAGUGUGGACUGAGCAGCCGGAGAACACAGCCACCUGCCUGGCGCUUAGGCCCUACCCGAAGGACCAAGUGCACCAGCACCUGAAGAAAUUUAAGCUGUUGAAGUGACUGGGCAUGGACAGCUCUACUCCUGGGCCAAAGCUGAGCUCACCCCUGGGUGGGUGCUGGGAGGAAAGCUGCUGUGCCUCAGGAAUGCUAAUGCUCAGCAGCAGGUAGUCUUCUUGCGUGGUGACAGCAGUUACAGUGUGAAACAUCUCUUUGGUGGGGAGGAUUAAAUGUUACUCUGUGCAGAAUGUGA